AUUGUAGUUCAGUCAGUCAGUCGUUAGCAAGCCGUUCGACAUGACGCAGCACAGUCACACGGCCAUCGAAUAUUGGAGUGAGUUCUUCCGGAUGUAUCGCUCGAUGCCCGAAUUGUGGCUGGUGCGAAGCACACUGUAUCGGGAUCGCAAGCUCAAGGACGAGUCCUACGGACGACUUUUGGAACUAAUGCGGGAGUCCGAUCGCUACGCCAAUAUCCACACAUUGAAACGAAAGAUAAACAAUUUUCGGACGUCGUACCGCCGCGAACUCCGAAAGGUCCUGGAAAGUGAUAACACCUAUGUGCCAUCGCUUUGGUACUUUAAAGAGCUCGAUUUUCUCUAUGAACUGGAAACGGGGGAACUCCAGUUGGACAACGAGGCGGCGGUUCAAGAUCAGGAUCGAAAAUUACUGCAGCAUCAUGAAAACCUUUCGGAAUACCAUACCGAAACGGAACCGGAAACCCUGGAAUAUAUGCAGCAGCAUGAAAGCGAAGUAGAAAACUCCGGCAUGGGCGUCGAUUUAACCGAAGGAUCAGACGACGAUCAGGUGAUCCAUCAUCUGGAAAGCGAAGACGACGAUAUUUUUUCGGAGCCCUUUGCUACCGAAGAGGAUGUACUGCGCAUCGAGGCCGUCGGUGAUGGCGAUGGGGAUCCGGAACCAGAAGCUAACCAGGAACCCGAACCGGAAUCUAUAACGUCUCUGGCACACCUCAAAUCGGAACGCAAGGCGGACGAUUAUCAGGCAACAUUUUCGGGGAGUAGCAAGAAUAUGCCGUAUGCCAAUCACGCCAUCCCCUCGCCACGAAAUAACUCGGAUUCGGUGGGCAGAGAAGUAACCACGGAUAAAGCUGGACGGCGUAUCCGUAUCCGGCGAAGACGCAGCAGCGAUUACGGGGAGAUAGCGAGGAAGCGUCGGGUCGAGGAGAUUCCGGAUAGAGAUACGGAUCGGGAUCGCGAUCGGGAUAGGGAUCGGUAUCGGGAAAGAGAUAGAGAUAGAGAUAGAGAUAAUAGGGGUCGUGAAAGUGAGAGCGAGAACGAAUGCGAGCUGAUCGGAAGGCGCAUGGCCACCCACUUCCGGCAUAUGCGACCGGAUCAGCGGCUCUACGCCGAACGGAUAAUCAGUGAAGUGCUAGUCUACGGCCGUAUGAAUCGUCUUUCGUUCGAGGCCCGCUUUAUUCCUGGCGGAAAAUAGGUUAAAAAAAAACAAAUCAAAUACCUUAAAUUUGUAUACCCUUAAGGAGAAAAUAAAAUCAUAACUUCGUUGUUUCUUUACAUAUGUAUA